AUGGUCGCGGCCUUCGACACGCCAGACGGCGCCAAAAACGGGCAGCUCUGGCAGAAAACGGCGCAUGACAAGGCGGAGGUGAGCGGCGCAGCAUGGCACAAUGUCUUCCGCAAAGAAGGGACUCUGGGGCCUGGGCACAGGUUGAAUGUGACUGACCCGCCGCGGAGCGUUAAGGCGAGUGAGGUUGGGGCGGAUAUCAACGAGGAUAAUGCGGAGGGCCAGGUGGAGGUGGAUGCGUGUGAGAAGGAGGUCCCAGAGACCGAGACGAAAGAGGAAGAGAGGCGUAAAAGGCGGUCUUUAGGAUUACCAGCAACGUUUCCUUCCUUCGACUCCGAUAAGAUUCGGAGGGUCAGCGGGAGGCUCGCAAGGCGGCAUCCUGCGGUGAAUGCUUGCGGCUAUGAUUAA